AGGUUAUAUCAUGGGUCGGGGAGGAUACCACUCCAACCGGGCGGAAUUCCUGUCUGAUGAAGCAAUCCUCAAAUACAGCCGAAAUGGUGGAUGCUUCGUUACCACGAAAAAGGCGAUUGCGUUCGUCGUAUUCGCAUUAGUAUCUCUUUUAAUAGUGAUAUUGGUGAUGUAUUAUUAUGGACCAAAUAAGACUACCGAAAAGAUUAUAAAAGAAUCAAAUGACAUAGAACAAUUGAUAAAUGACACAAUAAACGAAGAACAAACAAAAGAACCAUUAAGACUACCAAAAACACUCGAUCCUUAUCAUUACCGACUGUGGGUUCAUCCAAUUUUGGACGAUGAUAGUGAGCAAAAUUUUACCUUUACAGGCCGUGUCAUAAUACAGGUCAACUGUACAGAAGAUACGAAUAAAAUUAUUUUGCAUUACGACGAUUUGAGUAUUUCUGAGUCUGAUAUUCAAAUUUAUAUCAUAAAUCAGCUGGAAGUAGAGUCUCAAGCUUUAAAAAUCGAAUCGCCAGCAGAAUCACACAAUAUAUCACGUAGAGAUAUCCCUGAAGAGAACCAAACAGUCGAACAAAUCCAAGAAGGUGAUAAUCCAACAACACAACCAUCCUUAACUGAAACUCCAAGAGAAGAUACCAGCAACGCGAUUACCGAUGAACCACCUCCAGAAAUAGAAAUCGUCACUGACAAAGUCAUUUUCAAGACGGAAAAGAUCAUACUUAGAGUCGUUAUGGUGGAAAAAUCCGACGAAAAUUUUAAAAUUAAGAUCUCUUUAGCUGAUGUUUUGGAACGAGGGAAAAGUUAUGUGAUCGAUAUUAAGUUUUCUGGGAAAAUUUUAGAAAAUUUGAUUGGCUUGUAUAAGACUAGUUACGUUGAUUUAUCUGGAAACACAAAGUGGUUAGCAACUACUCACUUGCAGCCUCUGUACGCAAGAAGGAUAUUUCCCUGCUUUGAUGAGCCAUACUUUAAAGCACCUUUUGAAAUCAGUGUUGCCAGAAGGACAAAUAUGACUGUAUUAUCCAAUAUGCCAUUAAAAAGUACAGAACCUAUGAAAAACAAUUCUGGCUGGGUCUGGGACCAUUUCCUCACUACCCCGCCGAUGUCAACUUACAUAGUAGGCUUCACCAUAAGCGACAUGAAGAGUAUCACGGCCAACAAUAACGCGGGUCCGGCUCUCAAAAUUUGGGCUCCUGAAGGUGAUCUGCCACAUGCUCAAUACGCUCUCGAUGUUACAAUGGAACUUCUACCUUUCAUGGAAGAAUACUUUGAUAUGCAGUACCCGCUGCCAAAACUGGAUUUAUUGGCUAUUCCGAAUUUUGGAAAGGCUGCUAUGGAAAACUGGGGAAUUAUUUCAUUUAGAAAAUCGUCUGUGCUUUUUGACCCGUCCUCAACAAGUAUUAGAACCAGAAGUUACAUUUUAGCAAAAAUAGCUCACGAGUUGGUUCACCAGUGGUUUGGUAACCUCGUUACUAUGGAAUGGUGGUCUGAUCUUUGGUUGAACGAAGGUUUGGGUAGUUUUGUCUCAGAAGUGGCAAUAGUGACAUUACGGCCAAAAUGGCAUGCAUAUAGCAGUUUAAAAGUGCGAGACACUUAUAACACUUUAAAUUACGAUAGUUUGAAAUCAACCAAGAGUAUACAAGGCGAAGUGUCUACCAACGCCCAAAUAGAACAAAUUUUCGACAAUCUUAUUUACCAAAAAGGCAGCAGUAUAUUAAAAAUGUUGAAUUCGACUCUUUCACAGGAAGUAUUCAAAAAAGGCUUGCAACAUUUCGUCAAAAAAUACGCCUACCAAUCUGCCACCCAAGACGACCUUUGGUCCCACUACACACUCACGGCUCAAAAUCAAAGUUUGAUUCCAAGUACGGUCACCGUCAAAGAACUCAUGAAUUCUUGGUCAAUGCAAAGUGGUUAUCCCUUAGUAACCAUCACCAGAAACUACAGUACUGGUGUCGCUACCAUCAACCAAACCAAAAUGACCGAAGGUAGUAAUUUAACAUCAGACGAACUAUGGUACAUUCCUAUAACUUAUAUUACGAAGACUGAGGCUGAAAUUAAAGAAAUCUGGUUAGAACAUACUCGAGAAACUAAUUUGAACUUGAGUGGUUUAGUAAAUGCAAGUUGGAUUCUAGCUAAUAUUGAAGAAACAGGUUUCUAUAGAGUGAACUACGAUACUCAUAACUGGAAGCUACUAAUCUAUCAACUUAGAACCAGUUCCAGUCAAAUCCCAGUAGCGACUAGAGGACAGCUCAUAGACGAUGCGUUUGCUUUAGCAGAAUCCGGCUUAAUCAACUAUACCAUAGCGUUCGACCUAGUUAAAUACCUCUACAUAACAGAACCUAACUACAUACCCUGGUACGCUGCUUUAAGAAACAUGGAAGAACUUAGGACAAUUAUUAGUAACUACGAGUACUCCGGUUUGUACGACAGCUUUCUGUUAAAACUCGUCAAGCCCAUGUUUAAUGAGUUGGGAACUGAUACAAGAGUGUAUGAUACACAAAACGAGAAGCUAUUAAGGUUACACAUAGUCACUUCAGCUUGUAAGUUGAGAUAUGGGAAUUGUAUAUCUUGGGCUCGAAACGAAUAUUAUAAAUGGAUCCAAAUGGCAGAUCCGGAUAUUGCUAAUCCCAUAUCGGUGGAUUAUCGUUACAUAGUUCAAUGUUCAGCUAUAAAAUCUGGAGGUCUAGUUGAAUGGGACUUCUUGUGGAACAGAACUUUAUCACCAACAAUUGCUCCAGUCGACUUGCAGACAGCGUAUCAAAGUUUAGGGUGCACCUACGAUCCAUGGCUGAUAAACAGAUAUUUAGAAUUCGCCUUAGCAGGGAACAUCAGUUUAGAAAAUGUACCGUACGUUUGGCAGUCUAUAAAUCACCCUGUUGGAGUUAGAACGGGGUUCCAAUAUUUGAGAUUGAAUUGGGACAGGAUUUACAAGACUUACGAAGAAGUGCCUCUCGUUUUCAAUACUAUUUUCCAUGAUUUCUUGAGUCAGUUUUCAACUGAAGCUGACCUUGAAGAUCUCACUACUUUCUACAAAAUUCACCAGAAUGAUCUGAAAACUGUAUCUGCCGUCCUUCAGAGUACCGUCGAUAGAAUAAAAAUCCGUAUUGGCUGGAAAACGAGGCAUUUGGAGUCUGCAGUGAACUGGUUGAAGAAAAAUCGGUAUUAAAUAUUUCACAAAUACAUGGCAAGGCAAUGAACAACCGAACCGACAUUUGUGAUAUUUUUUGAGGAAUAAAAAUAUUUGAAAAAAUUUAAUUUAAUAAUAUUACUCGUAAAUCACUCAACAUUAUUGUUACUUAUUAUACCAAAAACUAUUAUUAUUGUUAUUUAUAUCAUAGCAUUUUUAGUUCAACAAACUUAUUACUUGUAGGCAGUGGCCAAAAUUUUGGGAGUUCACAAUAACAGAAUAUAGAUAUCAAACAGAU